AUGGUAUAUAAGCCGGUGCAGCUCGGCGCUGGGCAUCCUGGCGCAUCAGCACCAUGAAAUCAGGCCUCCUCCUCCUCCUGGGCCUCCUCGCCCUCUGGGCUGAGCUGCCGCCUGCCUCUGGGCAGCUCCAACAAGAGAAAACAGGCGAGUGCCCUGCUCCCAUCAAGGCGGGGGCUGCGAACUGCAAUAACUUUUGCUCCACGGACGAUGACUGCCCCGGAUCUGAGCGCUGCUGCAGUAACGGCUGCGGGACGGAGUGCAAACUCCCCAUAGGAGUAAACCCAGGGUACUGCCCGAAGUUCAACUCCGACAUGGUGACAAUCUGCCUUGUGCAAUGCAGCAAUGACAGCGAAUGUGGAGCUGGCAACAAGUGCUGCAGCCUGGGAUGCCAUGUGCAGUGCACACGGGCAGUGCCAGCCAAACCCGGCACCUGCCCCAAGAGGACAGUGCUGCAGACGUUCGCUCCAUGUGAGAAUAAGUGCAGCGACGACAGGGUCUGUCCCAACAGGCAGAAAUGCUGCUUUACUGGCUGUGGCCUCGGCUGUCUGGCUCCUGUAACAGGUGACAUUUGCCGACUCCCGCCUAAGACAGGCCCUUGCAAGCGAUACAUCCCUCGCUUCUUCUACCACCCGGCCUCCAGGACGUGCAAAAGGUUCAUCUACGGCGGCUGCCAGGGCAACGGGAACAACUUUAGAACUCUCCAGGAGUGCCAGCGGGCCUGCAGGAAACGCGGGCCGACCAGAGAGAGAGACCGGGACGAGCCGAGAGCGUGACAGCAGGGCCUGUGGGGGGAUGGGACAGGAUCCUCCAAUCCGGUCCCCACCUGACACCCACCCCCAGUCGCCCGUGGGCCUGAUCUCGCCCCGCACGUGGCUUGUGUAAUAAAGAGCUCAGCUCAGCUGGCCUCCCUGUGA